UAGACUUUCAGCACCUUGGACAGAGAAAUAACAGCAAAUCGCUUACUAUUGAAUAGCAUUGUGAGAUGAAGGGUUAAGCAAUGAUACAUCUCGGUGUAUAUCAUUGAAUUCUAGUGGGAGGUCGUAUGCCGUCUGCCAAGGAGGGAAGAUCCGCAUUUGAAAUAGAAUCCGACAUAAUACAACGUGUUUUUGGGGUAGUGUGCAAAAAUGACUUCUGAAAAAUAGUGCAAAACCUUUCAUUUUGAGUUUUUAUUGAAGGAUACGGAACCUUACAUAUAUUGGAUUUUUUUCUUUUCUUUUUAAAACAAACUUUUUAAUGUUGAAACCUUGACUGAAAAAAGCAAAAGCAAUUGCUGCAGUUAAAAGUAGAAAACGUUUAGCCGCAAAAAUCGAACUCUUAAUCUUGCAUGAUUUCCCAGAACUAGGACUGUAGCUCUUUUGUGCGCGGUUCGAACCUUACUCCAAACACUGGCAUACAAAAAAAACAUCUGGUUCUAAACCGUCAGCAAACAAAAAAAAGCAAAGGACUAGAAAUGGUAGAAGAUGCUGUGGUUGGAGUGUUGUGGUAGGUAAAGCUAUGGGUUUCUAUAUCAGCUCCCUGUCCAGGACAGAUGUCCGCUGCACCAAGCCUCACUGUGACACACAACAGGCCCACCGCUACCAAACAGCUCCCAACUACAAUUACAAAUGGACCGAUAUCCACUACGAGGCCAGCCGUGGCAACGUGGACAAACUGCGCUCCCUCCUUAUCACCUCGGGUAAAGAACAGAUCGACCAGAAGGAUUACUAUGGGAAGACUCCCCUUUACUGGGCUGCAUAUAAGGGUCAGAAGUUGUGUAUGGAGCUGCUACUGGACUACGGCGCGGACGUGAACAGCCAGUGUAAACACGGGGGCACCCCUCUCCACGCAGCCAUCGGUCUGUUUCCAGAGUGUGUGCUGCUGCUCAUACAGCAUGGAGCAGACACAGACCUCCCCGAUACCUGGGGGGUGACCCCCAUGUACCUGGCCGCGUGCAGCGGACAGUCCGAGUGCAUCCAACUGCUGGUGCAAGCUGGGGCCAGAAUCACCUACAAGAACAAGAACACGGGGGAGGCUCCCAAACAGCUAGCCUCCAAGACGGCUUUGAUCUCCUGGAUCGAGAGCUACCACAAAGAGCCUCGAUCGCUGAAGCACGCCUGCAGGCUGAGGAUCCGAGAGGCUCUGGGACCGAGCAGGAUCACGGCCCCACGCACGUUUCACAUCCCGCUGUGUCUGAAAGAGUACCUGAUGUUCAAGGACCUCGAGCUGCAGGACUGCUCAGCAGCAUCGGCACAGAGGACACCCAGCGGGGACUGUUAAAGGACUAAUAUAAGAAAUUAAUGGGUAAUGCUUUCAGUUCCAGGGCACGCAAUCAAGGUAGCCAUUUCAAUCUGGAAGCCUGCUUUAAUAAUGAAUGGCAUGAAAAAAGACACAUCUUCAGUACUGGAUUUUUAAAAACAGGAUUUUUUUCUGCUUUUUGUUCAUAAAAGUAAUUAAAAAUCUAUCCCUGUGUUCUGCAGGACAAGCAGCUAUCUCCAAAGUAAAUUGAGGGGAAAAGCAAUAAAAAAAAUUCACGGAAGACUCGCUUACGGUAUAUUUGUCAGUCAUUUGGCAUAAUACAUAAUACAAUUUUCUGGUCACUUUAAGAGGAAUUAGAAGAUAUGAGCAUAUGUACGCAGGAACUACGACUAAACAUAAAGGUUUUGUUUUGUUUUUAGUUUAGAAUUGUCAUACAUUAUUUGCAUGGAAUAACUCCUGCCAUGCAAACUUUUCAAGGGACCCUGCAAAAAAUAUGACCUUGAUUAAAAAAAAAAAAAAGUCUAGUUUUUAAUACAAAAAAACUGCAUAAAUUAAUUUAAACCUUACCUCUAUAACUGAAGACAGAUGAACACAUAUCUCAAGUUUCCCAAGCCUUGUAGGGGAGAGGCUUAAAUGUAUGACUUGACCCCCCAACUUAAACAUUGGGCAAAGAACUGAAGGUUCAUUUAUCAAAGUAUCUAACCACUCCGAUCCAUAUUUAUGGUGCCUAAUCAGAGCCCACACCUGUUCACUCCUAUACUGUUACAGCCUGUCGGAAAAUUUAAACACGUUUUUCUAGAUUUCAAAAAAUGGCAAUUCAGUAUAUAACUAUUGAAAUAUUUCCAUAUUUUCAAAGAGCUUCCUCCAGUCCUUAAUUAACUGCUAUUAUUUGAAAAGAAAAAAAGGCAGGUUCAGCCACCUUCAGAGGGCUUAACAGAAUAUUGCAUAGUUGUUUGGUUCUAGUUCUGUAAAAUGAACAGGCAUUUUACUUUGAUCAGACAAUAGGACUUCAUUAAAGUGGAGUAGAUGCUUUGAAAAUAGGACCCAUCAUCUUCUGAUGGAGCAAGAUAAGUAUCUUGUUUAGAUAAUAUUUUUUUUAUAAUGAUGGCCAUUCUUUAACAUAAAACAAAAAUUUGCUAAUUGCAUUGCAUUCAAUGUUAUGUUACUGCUGCAAAAAGGACUUGCCAAGAACAACACAAUUUAGUAAGCUAGUGUAGGCGUCUGAUACUGGAGGCAGGAGAAAGUCUCACUUCUGGACCAAAAGGUGAUAUCAUCCCCGAGGAAACCCAUAUAACAUUUCUCUGUUAGCCAGCUUUGUGUAUAUAUAUGUGUGCGGGAUCAGAUUUAAAAUGAAGGUCUCACAUGGUCUGUGGAUCACUCAUUAAAGAACUGGGGUGCUGCUCACAGCUGGAGCUUCCCUCACUUGACAGAGCUGUGCUUAACCUCCCAAGAGGUGAUGGAUGAAGGCUGAAGGAAACAUGGGGCUCACAUAAAAUGCGCUUCUUUCUAACCCGCUGUCUAUAUAUGUGCUUUACCUGCUGUGAAUAUGAUGCACACAGGCUCUUCACAUUCAAAAACAUGUUCAGGAACAUGCAUUGAUUGAGAGUGAAAAUAAAGAUGUCGCUAACAAAAUAAAUCCUCAAAGCACUUCCAUUUGUUACACACGUCUCGAAUGCACAGUUUUGAUAUCUGUUAAUACACCAGGUUAAAGAAAUCCCCAUGCUUUCAGAUAGGGUUGCGCAUCCUUGGUAAUUUCAUCUGUCUUUUUUUCCUGUAAUGAACCAAUCAGCUUCUUCCCGUAUUGAAAUGCGUUCAACCUGUAAAAUGCUUUGAACCAGAAGACACUGAUUAAAAUGACCCAGGAAAUACAAUUGUAACAGCGUCCUACGAGAAAGGCAUGGAAACUAAGAACUUUCUUUAAAUGACUGUAGUACCAGAUUUAUUUAAGAAUGGCUGCUUUUUAUUACCUGUGUUACCUGUUCUGUAUUCUAU